AUGAAGGAAGAGAAAGAAACGGAGAUAGUGGAAGAGGAGAAAAUUGAGGAAACUGAAGCUGCAGUUGCAGCUGAAACUAUUACUGUGGAAGAAAAGGUGGAAGAGGAAGCAAAAAACAUAGAGGAAGAAAAGGUGUAUGAAGCAACAACUGAAGAGGAAAAAGUGGAUGAAGAGAAGAAAGAGGAAACAGUUUUUGAAAUAGCUAUAGAAAAACUAGCAGAGGAAGUUGCUAUGAUAGGAGAGGCAGAAAAAGCGGAGAAAGAAGAGGCACGAGUAGUGGAAUGUGUUGCAGAUAAAGUGGUAGAAAAGCCAUUUGAGGAAGAGAAGAAGACGUCACCACCAGAGGAGAAGGAGGAAGCGGAGCCUCCAGUUGUAGAAACAAGAGUCCUGAGGAGAGGAAGAAAAAGUGUUCAUGCUACUCCGACUCCAAAACGCAAGUCCACACAAAGAGGCAAACAACCUGAUGAAGUAGAAAAGGAGGAUGAGCCAGAAGAGGAAAAUGGAUAUAAAGAAGAGCCACCAGUAGUGGAAGCCAGAGUUCAGAGUAGAGAAAGAAAAUCUGCCCCGACACCCAGACACAAAUCCAAACGAGCCCGCAAAGCACCUGGGGAGGAAGAAAAGGUAGAAGAGACAGCUGAACCUGUGCCUGAAGCUGUAGAGGAAAAGGUGGAUGAGGAAAAAGUAAAUGAAGCUGCAGCUGAAACUGCUACUGUGGAAGAAAAGGUUGAGACAGAAGCGAUAGAGGAAGAACAUGUGGAGGAAGCAACAACUGAGGAAAAGGUAGAGGAGGAGAAGGAAGCAGAAGCUGCACCUGAAACUGCACCAGUGGAAGACGAGACAGUGGCAAAAGAAAAGAUUGAGGAGGAAAUUAAAUCUGUAGAUGAAGAAAAGGUUGAAGCAACAGUUGAGGAAGAAGAAACAGUGGAAGAAGCAAUAACUGAGGUGACUGUGGUAGUAGAGGCAGAAAAAGUGGAGGAGGCAAUAGAGGUGGAAAGUGUAGCAGAGGAAGUAGUGGAAAAGCCGGUUGAGGAUGAGGAGAAAGCCUUACCACCUGAGGAAGAAGAGGGUAAAGUUGUAGAAACAAGAUUCCCGAGGAGAGGAAGAAAAAACGUUUCUGUUACACCUCCAAAAUGCAAGUCCACACGAAGAGGCAAAGAAGCCGAGGAAGAGGAGAAGGAGAAGACAAGAAAGGCUGAGGAGAUGGAUGAAUUUGUGCAGGAAGCUGUGGAGGAAAAUGUGGAGGAGGAGGAAGAAGAGGCACUAGUAGUAGGAGCCAACAUUCUGAGGAGAGGAAGAAAAUCUGCUCCUGCCACACCCAGAUGCAACUCCAAACAAGCUUGCAAAGAACCUGAGGAAGAGGAAGUAAAGGUGGGGGCUGAAAAGAUGGAGGAGGCAGCUGAACCUGUGCCAGAAGCUGUGGAGGAAGGAAAAGCAGUGGAGGAGGAAAUGGUGGAACAGAAUAAGAUGGAGGCAGAUGUUGCGAUGGUAGAGGACGAAGGAAACACUGAAGUACAAGCAGACAGUGGUGCUCCUGAGGCAAAAGAAGAAGCAAUCACACAUCAGCCAGAGGAGGUUAUGGCAGAGCAAACCAAGGAGAAGGAAGAAGAGGAGAACACAGAGGAGAAAACUACAGAAACAUCAAAAGAGGCAGCUGAAGUAGAAACAGCUGAAGCGGUAGAUGAGGUGGAAGAAGAUGUUGAUAAGGUAAUGGCAGAAGAGGCAAGCAUAGUAGAAGAGGAAGUGGCCUCAGUGGCUGAGGGUGCUGUCAAGCCUGAGGAAAACGGAACAGAGAAGGAAAAGAAGGAAGAAAAAUCUAUUGAGGAGAAUGGCAUGGAAAAUGUAGAGAGCGGGGAGACAGAGGCAGAGGAUGGAGUUGGGGUCAAGGUGGACAACCUUAAUUUAGAGUUGGCAGAGGACGAUGAGGAGGAGGAGGAGAAAGAGGAGGGGGAGAAGAUGGAGGUAGAGGAAAAGAGAGCGGCUCCAACUCAGAAGGAAGAGCUGAAGAGCUCUGAGGAAGAGGAGGCUCCAGUGGUUUUAACGAGAGUUCUGAGAGUGAGGUUAACUGCCACACCCACAACCACACCCAACUCCAAGGCCACGCCUCAGCGUAAAUCCACAAGAGACAGCAAAAUAGUAACACCGGAGAAGUUUGAUCCUGAGGUGGUCCUGCUUUCAUCAGAUCAAGAGCAGGAAGAAAGCCUUGUGGAAAAGAGACAUCUACGUAAGAGAAAAAGCACAGGGCCAACACCUGUUCACAGAUCCAAGUGCCACAGCAGAACUUAG